AUGGCAAGGUCUUUUACCUGCCACGUUUCUCUGAGAAAGUCGAUUGUGAUGCUUUUGACAAUAUUGAGUGCAAACGUAUCGGCAAAACAUCAGCUACUACAUCCCAAACGUGCAAACAGCUGUCCUGAUUCCUCGCGGAAAUGUAGUGUUGUCGGUGUGUCGGAAAACUUCUGUUGCUCCUCUUCGUCGACGUGCAUUGCCUUGGAUGGUGGAAGCUCGGUCAUCUGCUGCCCAGAAGGCCAGGACUGUUCCUAUAUCCAGCCCAUCACCUGCGACGUAACGAAACAAAACGCCACUCUUCAUCCGAACAAUGUCAUCAAGACCACACGGCUGGAUGAUGACCUGCCUACGUGCGGAAACGCGUGCUGCCCGUUUGGAUAUACUUGUCAAGGCAGCUUCUGCGCCAUGGAUGAUACCGCUUCAUCAUCCGCUUCCACCUCCUCUUCCACCUCUACUUCAACUCGGAGUCCGACUGCCUCGACCUCUACAACCACCACAGCAGAGUCCUCAGCAGAGUCAACAGCAUCCUCCACAACGUCAUCCACAGAAUCAUCCACUACUGCUGAAGCGACAACUGACUCUGCUCUUACAAUUGCGGACGACUUGUCAACAGUAACAGUCGAGGACUCAACACCGAGCACUCCAGUACCAACACCAACGCUUUCGCAGUAUUCCACUACUUCAAGCGGAAACCUAUCCGCCGCCAACGCCCAAUCAUCCUGCCCCUCAUUUCCAACCAACGCAAUCCUGGCAGGCUUCUUCCCUGGUGCCGUAUUCGGUGCCGUGGCCGCUCUCCUUAUAACAGUCUGCAUCCGUCGGCACCGGCAUAGCAACCCUCCACCCGGCGAAAAGGUGGCACAAAACACCUUCCGCAAAUCUACGGGAACGCUCAUUGGCAUAUCCGAGCCUAUCCCGUCGCACGAGAGCUCCUUCCGUACAGAUUUUCUCCUAAGCACGAAUUCCAAGCGCAACUCUGAGAGCUCCCGCUCCGUUCUCUCUCGCAGCAGGUCCCGCGUGAAGAGCCUAUUUAGCACUCCCCAAAAGCCGCAACACGUAGCUUCAGAGGGCAAUAUACCAGCUGUGCCACCUGUUCCAGCUAUCCUCUCUUUACCAGUUACUCCACCCCAGCAGCGGCAACCUAGUCGCCAGCCCAGUACAGAAAGUAUCCGGGUAUACACACCUCCUGGCGUAUUCACGAACGCACCGUCCCUUAAUCCGUCUCCGUAUCCAGCUGAUCAGCGGCCCAAUACGACACUGACUGAGAUUCUGGAUCGGGUGCAAACGUCAGUGCAAGCUGAGCCCGCGUCUGCGAGCGGUGCGAACAGCAAGACCGAUAGCACGGCCACAAACAAUGCAUCACAGCGCUUUCUCCUCCCGCCCCCCCAGCAACUGGGGCGGAGGAAACAGUUACCUUACUGA